GACCCUGGUAAUGUUCAUUGCAGAUAGAUGAAAAUGUUCAAAGAGAAAUCAUCAAUCACCGUUCUUUGAGGCACCCUAAUAUUGUUAGAUUUAAAGAGGUCAUUCUAACACCAACUCAUUUGGCCAUUGUCAUGGAGUAUGCAUCUGGAGGAGAGCUUUUUGAGCGAAUAUGCAAAUGCAAUGCGGGACGCUUCAAUGAGGAUGAGGCUCGCUUUUUUUUUCAGCAACUUAUAUCUGGAGUCAGCUACUGUCACUCGAUGCAAAUAUGUCAUAGGGACUUGAAGCUGGAAAACACGCUGUUGGAUGGAAGCCCUGCUCCAAGACUCAAAAUCUGUGAUUUUGGGUAUUCUAAGUCUUCAUUGCUGCAUUCACAACCAAAAUCUACUGUUGGAACUCCUGCAUAUAUUGCUCCUGAGGUGUUACUUAGGAAAGAAUAUGAUGGCAAGAUUGCGGAUGUAUGGUCCUGCGGGGUCACUUUAUACGUGAUGCUCGUAGGUGCCUAUCCAUUUGAGGAUCCUGAAGAACCUAAGGACUUCCGAAAGACGAUUCAUAGAAUCUUAAAUGUUCAGUAUUCCAUUCCAGAGUAUGUUAAUAUUUCUGAGGAAUGUCGGCAGCUAAUUUCACGGAUCUUUGUUGCAGACCCUGCACAAGUAAGCUCUUCCACCUUCGAGAAAUAUACAUGUAUCUUUGUUGCGAAAUUGAAGUAUAACAUUUCAUUUUCAUAG